AUGACGAAGCAGACGGAAGCGGGCGAGAGCACCAUCAUUACCAGAGACAAGUACUUCAUCGACGACCUUCUGGCCAUUUGUUGGGCGCCCAUCAAGGAUCUGAAGACCGACCAAGUACUCUGGGCCGAGAUCAGCCGCGAUCUGAAUCUGUCCUUGCACUUCUUGUUGACUGGUUCGGCUACUUGGGAAGACGCCGAAUUCCAGGCGUGGAGCAAGCUCCGGCUCCAGGUGCGCCAGGACAUCAUCAAGGCCCACUCUCACCUCUACAAGACCAACCCUGUCGACGAUAGCGCGCUGGCAGGCUACACGUCGGAAGAGAUCGCGCACGUCGCGAUGCAGAAGCUCGCGGAGAAGGACGACUCGACUAAGAAAGAAGAGGCUGCCAGCAAGCCAAUCGCGGACCCCAGGACGCAAGAGGCUGCCAGCUAUGCGCUGCUGCUUGCGGAUCGCGACCUGGUCAUGGGCUUGAUGCUGUUCCUCCAGAACAAUGAUCUGACCGCGCCGACCCGUUACCACUCAGGUUUCCAGAAUAUGAUUCGCGAGGCGUUCGCUAAGGAUUCCUCAACUACGCCGACAGUGUCUUCGUGCGUGGCUGAACUGCAGAAGAUGAUAUCUAUGCGCGUGCCGAACUCCUACAUCGAAUUCGCAGUGCUGGCGCAGAUCGUGAGCGAUCAGGACGGCAUCUCGAUAGACGAAGCAACCAUGGGCAUCUUCAAGGAUAUCGACAUAGUGACCAAGCUGCAACACAUCCGCGCCGAGUACAUGAUGGAGGCCGUCACCGGAGUAAAGAAUCGUUGGCAUGCUAUGAGAGAUAUUCCUGUUGCAGCGUUGGAACCCCACCAGAAAAAAAUCGGGGAUUGCGACAUGGCGAUGGACGGCGAGAAGGCUUGGCCUUCUUUCUGGGAGAAGAUUCUCGACUCUCGCAUUGCGCAGUCUGAGAACGUAGUGAAGGCCAUCGAGGACAUCUCCAACGGUGUUUUGCAACAAGAAAUACUAGAUGCGGUUGCUCAAAUGCCUGAUCCUCCUGGAAAGGGUGGUGAAAAUGAGAAGGACGAGGUCGAGGGCAAGGAUAAGAAGGACGAGCAGAUGGAGCAGAAGGACGAGGUCAAGGACGGCGAGGAAGCGAAGGCGACGGAGUCCAAGGAGUCGGCGACGGAGCCCAAGGAGUCGAAGGCGACGGAGUCCAAGGUGUCGAAGUCGAAGGAGGGCGAGGGGACUGACAUCGAUCCUGAGAUGAAGCUGAGCGAGCUUCGGACCAUGUUCAGGGAGAUUCCUGCAGUACCAUCAGCAGUGGAGGCCUUCAUGAAGUGCUUGGAGGGUCAUCUUUGGCACGCGCUUGCUGGGUCCUGCUCUAAGGAAGGAGAUGCAGUGGAGCAAGGCUUAUCCUUCAUCGUUAGCAAGCGCCACGAUGAUCCCAUUCGCUUGAUGGCCAAGAAAGCUGACCCGUGCAUAACUUUACCUUUCAUAGGUCGUGUGACGAGGCUGCCAUCUAAGGGCGCCCUCCCUCUGUGUAAAGUGUGGGGCCAAGACUUUUUUAUCGAUGGCAGUGGGUUCAACCGCUUUGACAAUGAGGCUUUCAUUCCUGCUUGGAUGGUUCGCGUCGGUGCUGGCAAGAACGUCGUCACCACCAUGGACGUGAGGGUAUUCGAUACAGUCUUCAACUUCAGGCACACGCCGGUGGCCAAGGAGGUUGUCGAGCGAGUGCCCAUCAAGAUCCACUACCUCGCGAUGAAGGAGGCCCUUUUCAACCGGGAGAACGUGGAGCUCAGUCGCCCGCCAAUCGUGGGCGUCGUCACCGCUGGGCAGGCAUCCGAGAUGAACAAGGCCAUGGGGAAGGUCAGAGGCCAGAGGGCCAUGGGCAAGCACAAACUGACUCUGGCAGACCCAGUCUGGAAGGCGCGCAGGCACGCGUUCAAGUGA